AUGGGGCAGUUGUUUACUAAACUCAUGAGCAUCUUCGGUAACAAAGAACACAAAGUGAUCAUUGUCGGCUUGGAUAAUGCUGGAAAGACCACCAUCCUGUACCAGUUUCUGAUGAACGAGGUAGUGCACACGGCCCCAACUAUUGGCAGUAAUGUUGAAGAGAUUGUGCUGCGGAACACACACUUUCUAAUGUGGGAUAUUGGAGGACAAGAGACUCUUCGAGCUACAUGGAACAGUUACUACUCCAAUACAGAGUUUGUCAUCUUAGUAAUUGACAGCACUGACAGAGAGCGGCUACCAGAAACGCGG